AUGGCAGCAAAUAAGCGGCCUGAAGAUUUUAUGAAACAUUUAAUAAAACAAAGCAUUUAUAAGCCACUAGUGUUAAACCAUAACCUACGAUCUUUAUAUAGUGGAAAGAGGGCUUUGUUAGAAGUGAUAGCAAGAAGAGCUCUUGGUCCAACUCGUGGUCAGAUUCUUUUAAAUGAUGUCCCCAUGUCUAUGAAAUUGUUCCAAGAGCAGUGUGGUUACGUUCCAAAGCAGGUUGACCUUCUUCCAGGACUAACUGUGCGCCAGACGCUGAUAUACGCUGGAAAUCUGAGCAUCGCAUCCAAAGUGUCCAGCUCAACCAAACGCAGUCGGGUAAAGCAAGUGAUGGCUGACCUCGCAUUGAACCAAGUAGCCAAUAGAGAAGUUAGUAGUCUCACACCUAGCGAAUAUAGACGUCUGGCUAUUGGAAGUGAGCUGGUAAGAGAUCCAG